ACUCGGCCAUUGCUUGGCUUGUCCUGUUGCCCUAUUCCACCCCAAGCAGUAGGGAGCAGCGCCUUAUGGCGGCGGCCGCCGGGGACGGUGACGACGCGAAGCCACUGCAGCAGCAACAGGCGGCGGCGGAUGCGGAUGCGGGGGUGCCGUAUGGGGGCGGCGUGAUGGCGAAGCUUGAGGAGCAGUGGCGGAAGACGAAGGAGCACGCGGAGACCUACCCGUACGUGUGGGGAUCCUACAUCCUCGUCUACGGCGGCCUCGCCGCCUACCUCACCUGGCGCUGGCGGAAGCUCCGCCGCACCGAGGACCGAGUCCGCGUACUCCAGGCCCGCCUCCGCCAACUCGCAGCCGCCGAGGAAUCGCGGGCGGCUUCCAUCCCAACUCCUUCUCCUCCACCGCAGCAGCCGCCGCUGGCUGGUCCAGGCAAGCCAACCUCCGGCCCGUGAAAAAGUAAGCCUCCACAGCUUGAGGACAGACAGGGGUUGCAUGUUAGAAAACAAUCGCAGCCUCAUUUGAGAUCGAUGCAGUUUUUGUUUUCUUGAUUAGUCGGUGAUCCUAGGUUGGAAGAGGAUAGAUGAAAUAUAGUUUUGGAAAUUCAGUGCUCGUACUCGAAAUCAUUCUGCAAAAGGCAAAAGGUUAAUAUUUUUAUGAUCAAUGUAUGGUAACCCUUUCCACGAGGAAUUCUGGGUUUUUGGUUGUGCCACCCAAACCCCGCCAUCUCUGUACUUCUCAUCUCACAUUUUGAAGUACUGGGUUAAACUGAUAUCCAUUUUUGCCUUCCAGAUUUCUGUAAUCACCUGCUACCGAUAUGUUGAUCUAAUUGGAUCUUGUUGCAUAAUCAUCAUUGGAAACCUUGUGGGGAAUAUGACAGAGAAACCUAAACAAACAUGCAAUGAUGCG